AUGAAGACACUUAAGAUCCGAGAGGGAGAUAAUGUAUUCUUAAGGGUCACUCUGGUGACAGGUGUUGGUCUGGCCUUAAAGUCUCGAAAGCUCACACCUCAUUUUAUUGGUUUGUAUCAGAUCUUCCAGAGAGUAGGAAAAGUGGUCUACAAAGCUACCUUACCACAAUAUCUUUUGAAUAUUCAUGAUGUUUUUUAUGUGUCUCAACUUCCGAAGUAUAUUCCCGAUCCGUCUCAUAUGACUCAAUUGGAUGAUGUGCAAGUGAUGGAGAACUUGACUGUUGAGGCAUCACCCUUGCAGAUUGAGGAUCGAGAAUCGAAUCACUUGAGAGUGACUGGUGAGUCUAAUCAAAAUCUACCAAUUAAUGAAGUAGGUUCAGCUAUGCAACCUAUAAAGAAGAGGAAAUCUAGUGCAAGUGGUUCUAGACAAUCAUCUGCUUGCUGGGAACACUUUAUUAGAUUACCCGAUGACCUAGUUGAUGCAUCCACUGCAGCCUGUAAAUACUGCCAUAAAAAAUACUUGUGUGACCAUAGGACUCACGACACCACUAAUUUGAACCACCGUAUUUUAAAAUGUCCUAAGAAGCCCCUUGUCGUGUCAACUGACCCCACACAAACUAUUCUAACAUACCCAACUGUAGAUGGUAAAUUGAUUCAAGUUAGCUCUAGAUUUGACAAGAAAGCUUGUAGAAGUGCUUUGUCAGUUUUUAUAGUUCUAGAUGAGCAGCCAUUUAGUGCAGUAGAGGGUGAAGGGUUUAAAUUUUAUUCCAAAGUAAUGCAGCCCCAAUUUACCAUCCCAUUUAGGAGUACGGUAGCUAGGGGUUGUUUUCAGCUAUACUUGGAUGAAAAACAAAAGUUAAAGGCCUUUUUUAAGUCUGACUGCAAUAGGGUAGCACUUACUACUGAAGAAGUGUUAAGGGAUUGGGGAAUUAGGAAUGUGUCAACCAUAACUGUUGAUAAUGCCACUUCAAAUGAUGUUGUUGUGACAUAUCUAAAGAGAAAAAUAGCAAAUAUGAAUGGGUUAAUGAGGGAUGAAGAGUGUUUUCAUAUGAGGUGUUCAACUCACAUUUUAAACUUGGUGGUAAAUGAGGGUUUGAAAGAUAAACAUUUAUCUGUAACCAGUGUUAGAGAUGCUGUUAGAUUUGUUAAGUCCUCACCUCAUAGGGCAACCAAGUUUAAAGAAUGCAUUGAAUUUGCUGGAAUAACUUGCAAAAAAUUAGUAUGUCUUGAUGUUUCAACUCGUUGGAAUGUGACAUAUUUAAUACUAGAGGCUGUGGAGAAGUUUCAACUCGCUUUUGAAAAGCUUGAGGAUGAAGAGUCGAGCUAUAUGGAAUUCUUUGGAAAAGGUAAUCCCCCUAGUAAUGAUGAUUGGGACAUUGCUAGGGCUUUUAGCGCUUUCCUAAAGUUAUUCUAUGAAGCAACUAAGACUUUUUCCACCUCUCAAAAUGUGAGUUUGCAUACUUGUUUUCAUCAAGGGUCUACCAUUUAUUGUGAGUUAAAGCAAGCUACUUUGAACUUAAAUGAUUUUUCUGCAAGUGUGGGUGGAGAUAUGAUGGAAAAAUAUAAUAGAUAUUGGGGAAGUGUUGAUAAGAUGAACAAGAUGAUAUAUUUUGUUAUUAUUCUUGAUCCAAGAUACAAGUUGAGUUACAUUGAGUGGGCGUUUAAGGACAUGUAUGGAGUUGGAUCAAAGUUUGGUAGUGACUUGGUAAAAUCUAUAAAAGAGAAUUUACAAAAUUUGUAUGAUUGGUAUAAGCAAGCUUAUGACCAAGAACAUAAUUCCACACAGCCUCUUGGUAGUGGUGGAAAUAAUGUCUCCAAUGAUGAAACAAAUGCAUCUGCUACCCGUUCAUUACUUAUGGCUAGAGUCAAUGCUUUUGAGCAACAUUUAGAGGAGCAAGACUCGAUUGAUCAACAAAAUGAGCUUGAGGUGUAUAAUUCUAGUAAGUGUGUCAAAAGGGAUCCUAACUUUAACAUUCUUGUGUGGUGGAAACGCAAUUCAAUCGAAUAUCCUAUUUUAUCUACAAUGGCUAAAGAUAUUUUAGCCACACCAGUGUCUACUGUCGCUUCUGAAAGUGCUUUUAGCACAGGAUGGAGAGUCAUAGAAACCUAUAGGAGUUCUCUAACUACUGAAAUGGCCGAGGCUUUAAUUUGCACCUAG